AUGGAAGAACUACUUGCUAUGGACGAUGCCACGCUGCUUAACAUGAAGAAGAUGCCAUUGCAGCUCCUAGCGAUUAGCCAUGGAAUCAGAGGGGGCGCACGCAAGAACAUCGCUAUUGCGCGGGAGCUCAUUAAGCUUCGCAAUGAAUACAGAAAUGAUCCGACGAGGACUACCUCAACAUUCCUGCGUCGCCCGCAGUCUUUGCAGGCGAACGACAAGACAAUUAUAAAGGUGGAUAAAAAACCAGAAGAAACAGAAGAACCGCCCAUGGCUUCAAGCGCUCCAACCAUCGCGAAGAAGCCGAGUGGCACACACGUUGACCCGCCACUCGUGCCCUCUGAAGCAUCACCUAUCGACAAGCCUGCUGAUGUGGCUGCCGCGGAGCCUCUAAAGGACGAUGGUACCACAGAUCCGAUCGCAGGACCAUCAAAGAAACCCAACAGAAGGCCAAGUCGCCCCAAAAAGAGGAAGACCAUCAACAAAGACCCUGCAAAAACUACGGGUAGGAAGCCCCGUCCUCGUGUCCCACCACCAGUUUCCUCUCCUUCGAUCGUGGGGUCGAGUCCUACCGCCACUCCUCGUUCAAAUGUGUCCAAUAUCCCAGUUGGACAAGCCAUGGAAACUGCUUCGACUGCACCUCAUGCACAACAUCCUCGCUCAUCUGCACCGACACCUUCCACGCAGCCCUCUUCCCAUAACCUUCCAGUUCCAUACCCGUACGGCGGAUUUGGUGCUGGUUAUCCGGCUUCGUUUGUCAUGAAGAUGAGGGAGCAAGCCUCGCACUCUGUUGCCGCGGACUCGUCCUUUGCGUCGUCUCGUAACCCGUCGGCCUUGUCUCCAGUCUCGCAGGGGCCGUCAACUGCACCCCCUCCGGCAUCUGUCGGACUUCCACCGCCGUGGCAAGGCCAGGUGGAAUCUCCUGCUCCUGCCUCCAUAGAGUCUGCUUCCGUUUCCCAUGUACACACGUCCACAUCGAGAACCCGCUUGGCUCCUACUGCGCAGGCGGCGGCUUCCACCUCUAUGCCUCCUCCUCCUCCUCCUCCCCCUCCGGUCCCCCACAAGUCAUCUUCCCGCCCAAAUCCUGCCUCAAUCCCCGUUGCCCCGGGGUUAUUCAUUCGCAAUGGUCCCCGUACCCCAGAAGAAGACGACGAUGCUGGCCCCCACACGACAAUUCCCGCAGAUAUUAGCCGCGAGGCGAAGGAGACAGGUCGCAUGGUCGUGCUCAUACCUCACGACAUGACCGCGAAGGAUAUCAAGACCGAGCUCCCCUCUCUCGAGCGGCAGGCCGGCCCAAACCCGAUCUUCCUCCGCAUGGGCCUCCGCCCAGGGCACCCAUCCUUGCGGGGGCCUGAUGACCCGCGUGGACGCCCCACACGCGUACCCGUAGAGGCCUACCAGCACGCGCCCGCUCUAGCACACGAUCCCCCAGCAUCACACAACGCCCCAUCCGCACCCGCCUCCCAGCAGCCCUCCGCGCAGCCACCACCGCCGGUGCCCGAGCGCAUCCGCGCGAUGGCCACCGCCGCGGCGACGGACCCCGGCCUCGCGCGCGCGCUUUUCACCGCCGCGGGACAGUACUACCAGUCCGCCUCUCGCACGCCUGAGCCCUCUCCGGCCGCCGGGGAUCCCGAGAAGAAGAAGAAGAAGCGGCGCGGGCGCGAGGCCGAUGACGCGGACGUGCGCGCGCUCGUGCAGGACAUGGCGGACAUGGCGGCCAUCCAGGAGGCGCGCCGACGGCGGCUCGAGGGCUUCGACACGGACCUGAGCCGGUUCGAGGGCGGGUUCCGGACGCUGGGCGCGCUCGUGCGCCAGGAGCGCGCGGCGUUCAACCGGAUGCAGCCCUACCUCGACUUCGCGAACGUGGAGAUGCCGGACGCGUGGGACGAGGAGGCGGUGUGGGACCGCGCGGGGAAGCUGCUGCACGAAGAGGAAACGGACCGGUAUGUGGAGAUGGAGUCGGACGACGAGGAUGGACACAUGUACGCCGGGGCGGUGCAGGUUCGAUGGGUGGCGGAUCCUAACGCCUCUAAGGAGCAAUGGCUUGAGAUCGCGCAUGCUGAGACCGCGACAGAGAAGAAGAUGAUGGCGAGGGAGAUGGCUGAGGCUGAGGCGUGCGAGGCUGAAGCUGCAGCCAAGGAAGAGUCUCGAAAGAGGAAGCGUGAACGCGCUGCUGUAAGGGGUGCCAGCAAGAAGAUGCGGCAGGAGCACACGGACACUCCAGCUAAGCCGCAGGCGGGCCACCCGCGAGGUUAA